UCGUUAUCGACAGUGAAAAAAUUUAAUAUACUAGAUCUUUGAAUUCAUUAGUUCAUUUGGUGUCUAUGCUAUGUUAGCAACAAUAAAAACUAAAGCUUUUAAUGAAAUUUGCUUAUAAUUUAAGUGCCUAAUUGCCUUAAGUCAAAAAACAAUUCAUAAUAUUAAUUAAAUGUAGAUUUCGGUAUUUUUCACUAGGUGGUAUAUUUGAAAGAUUUAGCAACGGUCACACUGAGUGGAAAGCAACAAAAUUUUUAUGAAAGAUUACAAUUAAUUGAAAUUGCGAUGCAUUUAACCGAAAUUAGUCUGUAGCAGUAAAUAUAAACGAACGAUAGCCAACGCGGAGAACCCGGAGCCACAGCCACAUGGAUACCAAGUCCAACGAUGACUCGGCUGGCAGUGAUUCGCUAGACAAAUCUAUGCAAAUAAAGUGUGUGAUGGUGGAGACAACGGGCUCCACCGUGGACGCAGUUGACGCUUCGCCCGAGCGCGAGGCGCUGAACAACUGCAGCAGGGAUUCCGCUGCCGAAACGGGGUCACAGGUGGGCAAGGCAAAGGCAGCCAAGGGCGCAGCCGGAACGGGAGCUACAGCUGGCAAGCAGGAGGACCAAAAGACUGACGCUGGGCCGGGGGCGCGGGGAGAGGGCGACAGUCCGGAAAGUAGCCAGUCCCCCGGCGCUCGUCCGGCCAGCAACUCGUCGUCCACUGUCUGCACUGCCUUCGAGACGAAAGUCAAGCUUAUCUCACAGAACCUCAAAGAGACCACGCUGGCAGAGACCUCAGCAGGCGCAGCCUCCGCCGCCCCCGCCUCCACACCAGCAGCAGUAUCAGUAUCCGCAUCCACAUCUGCCUCCAGCAGCAGCAGCCUACUGGAGCCGCAGGCUCUCAACAAUUCCUCCACAGACGAGUCCACCUCGUCGUCGUCAGGCCGCGUGAAAAAGGUGCGCUUUCAUCCGGACGUCAAGGAGAACGACGGCGGCAAUUGGGUAAAGAAGAAGCGACGCGCCGCACAGACCAAACGGGCAGCCUCGUCGUCCGCCGGCGCCUCGUCUGAUGCUAUGGAUCUCGACGGUGAGGCGGAUGAUGCCGAAUGCGACGAUGACCAGGAAGAGGAAGAGCCAGAGGAGGAGUUCGAUCUAGCCAAGACAAUCGCCGAGGCGGAGGACUACCUGAAGCAGCAUCCGCUGACGUUCGUAAGGCGCAUUGAGCAGAACGGCGAACGACCGCAGGACGGACUCCUCAGCAUCGAGGACAUGCCGGAUCAUAACACCGACUACGAAGAGGAGGUGGUGCCGGGGAACCGGGAUGACGACUUUUACAGACACGUCAAGCCGGAGAAUGGCAUUGAGCGUGUUCUGGGCAAGGAGACAAAGGCGGGAAAGGUGGAAUUCCUUUUGCGCUACGAAAACCAGGGCGGACUUUUUUGGAAAUCGGAGGAGUUCAUCAAGCGCACGUGUCCCACCCUGCUGAAGGCCUACGAAAAGAAUCGCGAGCGCCGUCAACAGCGUUUGAUGCAUCACGUGGCCAAAAGGCAAAGUUUGCGACAGCGAUACACGGAUUUUUAGUAGCGGCUGCUUAGGUUCUAGGCUUUUGAUUAGGUUCCAUAUAAUUGUAAAGUUUUUGUAAAAUGAAGUAAAAUGAUUUUCUUUUGUUGAACAAAAAGAA